CUGUGGAAACCUGACGCUCGCUGACUGGACCCUCCUACUCCCAGUGGAACUAUGGAAGUAGGAAGCUUCAGAACCGGCUUCAUCGGCAUAGGUGUAAGAAUGUGGCUUCUGUGGGCCCUGCUGUUCUCCCUGGUCAGCGCAUCGUCUGCGGGUGCAGACUCCAAAGCUGUCACCACCACCCUGACUACUAAAUGGGCUGAUACCCCUCUGCUGCUGGAGGCCAGUGAGUUCUUGGCAGAGGAGAGCCAAGAGAAGUUCUGGGACUUUGUUGAGAGCAAUCAAAACAUCGAAGGAGAGCACGAUGACACAGACCAGGCCUACUAUGAGCUGAUAGUGAAGAAAGCCAGUGCCUUGCUCAGCUCCGUCCAGCUGAACAUGCUGAAGUUUGCCCUGUCCCUGAGAGCGUACUCUGCCACCGUUCACUCCUUCCAACAGAUAGCCUCCAAUGAGCCUCCUCCAUCUGGCUGCUCAGCCUUUUUCAAUGUCCAUGGAGAGAAGACGUGUGAUGCUGAUGGCUUAGACGCUCUGCUGAAAAUGGCACCUGAACGCCCAAAGCCCUAUCUCUUCAAAGGAGACCACAAAUACUCUGGAUCAAACCCAGAUGCUCCUGUUGUCAUUCUGUACGCCGAGUUUGGAAAACCACACUUCAGAGAUCUUCAUGAAGUUGUAGCGUCCAAAGCCAGAGAAGGACUGGUGACCUAUGUGCUCCGGCAUUAUCUGGCAAAUUCUAAUGAGCGGAAAGUGUAUCUGUCUGGAUAUGGAGUGGAGCUGGCAAUCAAAAGUCAGGAGUACAAGGCAAAAGACGACACACAAGUCCAAGGAACAGAGGUGAAUGCUACAGUGAUCGGAGAGAAUGAUCCAGUGGACGAGGUCCAGGGAUUCCUUUUUGGCAAACUCAAGACAAUUUACCCAGAGCUGAAAGAACAGCUGAAAGAGUUGAGGAAGCACUUGGUUGAAAGCACCAAUGAAAUGGCUCCUCUCAAAGUCUGGCAAAUGCAGGAUCUGAGUUUCCAAACAGCAGCUCGCAUUCUCGCUGCUCCUGCUGUAGAAGCCCUCAACGUCAUGAAAGACCUCAGUCAGAACUUUCCCACAAAAGCCAGAUCCAUCACAAAAACAGUGGUCAACUCAGAGAUACGUAAAGAAAUUGGUGACAACCAGAAGUUUUUCAAAGGGACUCUGGGUCUGCAGCCUGGAGACUCGGCCCUCUUCAUCAAUGGGCUUCACAUUGAUAUGGACACACAGGACAUCUUCAGUGUGUUUGAGAUCCUGCGCAGUGAGGCCAGAGUGAUGGAGGGCCUUCGCUCUCUUCUCAUCGAUACGCCGUUCAUCCACGACAUCCUGAAGCUCAACGUCCAGCCGUCUGACUCUGACUACGCCGUGGACAUUCGGAACUCGGCCAUCAAUUGGAUCAACAACCUGGAGGCUGACCACAGGUACAGCUCCUGGCCCUCCAACGUUCAGGAGCUGCUCAGACCAACCUUCCCUGGAGUCAUCAGACAGAUACGCAAAAACUUUCACAACCUGGUGAUGAUUCUGGACCCGAGUCAGGAGAGUGCCUCUGAACUGCUGAGUGUUGCAGAGAUGUUUUACGCCAACAACAUCCCACUCAGGAUUGGUUUGGUGUUUGUGGUGUCUGAUGAAGAUGACAUAGACGGGAUGCAGGACCCAGGUGUGGCACUGGUGCGGGCCUACAACUACAUCAGUGAUGAAGUGAACAGUCAGAGCGCCUUUGAAGCUGUUAUUUCGAUGUUUAAUCGGGUGCCUGUUGGUGCAAAGCUGAGUGUUGGAGAUGUAGUAAAGGUUCUUGAGAAGAGGUUCCCCUACGUGGAGGUCAGCAGUGUCCUGGGGGCUGACUCCAGCUACGAUAGCAACAGGAAGGAAGGUCGAGCGUACUAUGAGCAGACGGGAGUGGGACCGCUGCCUGUGGUCAUGUACAAUGGAAUCCCGUACCAGCGUGAGCAGCUGGACUCUGAUGAGCUGGAGACUGUUACCAUGCAGAAGAUCCUGGAGACCACGUCCUUCUAUCAGAGGGCGGUCUACCUGGGUGAACUGGUUUCAGACCAAGAUGUCGUGGACUUCAUCAUGAAUCAGCCAAAUGUUGUUCCUCGAAUCAACCCCAGAGUUCUGUCCACCAGUAGAACAUACCUGGACCUGUCUGAUACUAAUAACUACUUUGUGGAUGACUACGCUCGCUUCUCAACUCUGGACACAAAAGAGAAGAGCACCGCUGUGGCCAACAGCAUGAACUACAUGACCAAGAAAGGGAUGACCACCAACAACAGGCAUGAUGAUGGCUACAUUCGCCCAGUGACCUUCUGGGUGGUGGGAGACUUUGACCGCCCCUCUGGACGAAAACUCCUCUACGAUGCCAUCAGACACAUGAAAACCAGCAACAACAUUCGUCUGGCAAUGAUCAACAACCCAUCAACCGAUCCGUCUGCCGAGACGACCCGCGUGGCCCGAGCGAUCUGGGCUGCCAUGCAGACACAAAGUGCCAACAACGCCAAGAACUUCAUCACAAAAAUGGCCAAAGAGGAAACGGCUGCCACGCUGCAGGAGGACACCGACAUAGGGGACUUUGCUGUGGGGGGUAUGGACGUUGUUUUAUUCAAGAGUGCGUAUGAUAGUCCCCAAUUUGAUGUCCUGCGCUCCCACGCCACCUACUGCAGAGACGUGCUGAAGCUGAAGAAAGGACAGAGAGCAGUGAUCAGCAAUGGAAGAAUCAUUGGUCCCCUGGAAGAUGAAGAGGUCUUCAACCAGGACGACUUCCUGCUUCUGGAGAGCAUCAUUCUGAAGACGUCAGGAGAGAGAAUAAAGAAUAAAGUCCAACAUUUUGAAAUUGAGGAAGACAGGGCCAGCGACCUGGUGAUGAAAGUGGACGCUCUGCUGUCCUCACAGCCAAAGGGAGAAGCUCGGGUUGAAUAUGACUUUGCUGACGAUCGAUACAGUGCCGUGAAGAUCCGUCCUAAGGAGGGAGACAUGUACUUUGAUGUUGUUGCUGUGGUGGAUCCAGUCACUAGGGACGCACAGAAACUGGCCCCACUCCUAACAGUGCUGAAGCAGCUGGUAAACGUCAACAUGCGUGUUUUCAUGAAUUGCCAGUCCAAGCUGUCAGAAAUUCCACUCAAAAGUUUUUAUCGCUACGUGUUGGAGCCGGAGGUGAUGUUUCAGAGCGACGGCAGUUAUUCUCCCGGGCCCUUGGCUAAAUUCCUGGACAUGCCUCAGUCUCCUCUCUUCACUCUGAACCUGAACACCCCUGAGAGUUGGAUGGUGGAGUCUGUCCACACUCGCUAUGACCUGGACAACAUCUACCUGGAGGAGGUGGACAAUAUCGUGGCUGCCGAGUAUGAACUGGAGCAUCUUUUGUUGGAAGGUCAUUGUUUUGACGUCAGUUCAGGUCAGCCUCCACGUGGGCUGCAGUUCACACUGGGAACGGCCUCGGAGCCGGUCAUUGUGGACACCAUCGUCAUGGCGAACCUGGGUUACUUUCAGCUCAAGGCCAACCCCGGUGCCUGGAUCCUGAAGCUGAGAAAGGGACGCUCAGAUGAAAUCUACAAGAUUUACAGCCAUGACGGCACAGACUCUCCAGCCGACUCCGAUGAUGUCAUCGUCGUCCUGAACAACUUCAAGAGCAGGAUCAUCAAAGUCAAGGUCCAGAAGAAAGCCGACAAACUGAACGAAGAAUUACUCAGUGAUGGAACAGAAGAAAACGACACAGGCUUCUGGGAGUCCCUCACCAGUUUGUUUUUGUCUUUCAGAGGAUUUACGGGUGGAGGGAAGGUAGAAGAAGUGAAGCAGGACAAAGAUGAUGUCAUCAACAUCUUCUCCGUGGCUUCAGGUCAUCUGUACGAGAGGUUCCUCAGGAUCAUGAUGCUGUCAGUUCGGAAACACACUAACACUCCUGUCAAGUUCUGGUUCCUCAAGAACUACCUGUCCCCAACCUUCAAGGAGUUCAUCCCCCACAUGGCGAAGGAGUACGGCUUCCAGUACGAGCUGGUUCAGUACAAGUGGCCUCGUUGGUUACACCAACAGACGGAGAAGCAGAGGAUCAUCUGGGGGUACAAGAUCCUGUUUCUGGACGUCCUCUUUCCUCUGGCCGUGGACAAGAUCCUGUUUGUGGAUGCCGACCAGAUUGUGCGAACAGACCUGAAGGAGCUCCGUGACCUGGACCUGGAAGGAGCUCCCUACGGUUACACUCCGUUCUGCGAAAGCCGCAGGGAGAUGGACGGGUACCGUUUCUGGAAGUCUGGAUACUGGGCCAGUCAUCUGGCUGGACGCAAGUAUCACAUCAGUGCCCUCUACGUGGUCGACCUGAAGAAAUUCAGGAAAAUAGCAGCAGGAGAUCGACUCAGAGGACAGUACCAGGGUCUGAGCCAAGACCCUAACAGUCUGUCUAAUCUGGACCAGGAUCUGCCCAACAACAUGAUCCACCAGGUUCCCAUCAAGUCUCUGCCUCAGGACUGGCUCUGGUGUGAGACCUGGUGUGACAACAGCUCCAAGAAGAACGCCAAGACCAUCGACCUGUGUAACAACCCCAUGACCAAGGAGCCCAAACUGCAGGCUGCAGUCAGGAUCGUGGCAGAGUGGACGGACUAUGACCAGGAGAUCAAACGUCUGCAGACCAGGGUCCAGGAGGGGGCAACCCUGAGACCACAGGAGCAGCAGGGAACAGACUCCCACACAGAGCUGUGAAGAGAGAGAUCGUGGCGAGUCCUUGAACCAGACUCUGUUUCAAGAGUCUGUCUCUCUGUCUGUCUUCACGAAGAGAAGCUGCUCCUGGACUCUGGACACUCUGACCUCACAUCACAUUUGACUCACCCUCAGAAAAGAACAGCAUGUGAAGGAGAACGUCAGCGGUCAGGUCCAAGGGGCUUCUCUAAUUGUCUGUGUGUGUGAGAGAAAGUGAGAGAGAGCAGGUGUGAGUGAGUGAACCUUUUGAGUGAGUGAGUGAGUGAGUGAACGAACCUUUUUUUUUUCUAAAUUCCUGUCUCUCGUUGAUGUUUGCACUGACUGGUGUUGUUCCUGUGGUGGAGGUCUCUUUCUGGAUCUUUCUGUUUUCCUGGUGGUGGGAGAAGAAUUCUGCAACGUGAACUCUACGGUUCUAAACGUCUGACAGUUGGUGGCUCAGUUGUCUGACCUUUAGAACCAGAGCUGGGCCAAAUAAGGACAUUGACAACAUCUGUGUCAUAAAUUAAUUUAUGACUGUCAACAAAAAAACCUGACGGUCACUGACUGUUAUUUACUGCAUAAAUAAAGAGAAAUUGUUUUUUUUCCCCCACAAAUUUCCCUAAAUCACUAGAACUCACUCCCAAUCUUGGAGUGGCUACAGUGGGUCUGGAGGAUCGUUGUCUAAACUAUUUUCCAACCAAGUUUAUUUUAUUUCACCAAAGCAGAUGAAAUAAAUAAUUGACCAGAUGUAGGGACUGUUUUCAUCACAUCAGUGUCUGACUGUUUUUAAUAGUUAGAAUACUGACACAAGAAAUCUGCAUUUAAAAGGAUUUUUUUUCUCUGGCAGAAACACAGGACAAAAAAAAUGCAUAAAAACAAAUCACUUAAACUGAACACCACAUGUUACACAGGAAGUGUUUGGACCUGGGGGUUCUUCAGCGGUGAUAAAAACCUGUACUGUAGUUUGAAAGCUAACGGCUCAUUUACUGUCUCCUCUGUGGCUUUUCCUUCUUGUUAAGAAGCCCCCCCAAAAGACUUUUUCUGUCGGGGGGGUUUGUUGAAUCUGGUCCCUGUUUGUGUUGUUGCUUAAAUCAUCUUUUGCACUGAUGAUUACUAAAAUGCUGAUUUUUUUUUUUAAUAAUUUCUCAGCCAAGUACAAAUGAGCCACAGCUCUGACACAGGUCUUUGGCCAGUGGUUAGAGACGUCUACUCUGAAUGGUUCUGAUGACAUUUUUAAAGACAAAUGCUACAUUACUAAAAUGCUGAAGAUUAUCAGUCAUCAAGGUCAUUUUAUCCAAAAAUUGUUACAUCAAGGUCAACUGAGUAGGUUUUUUUUUUGGAAUCUCUCAUCCAAGAGGCUUCUUCAGUUCUGGAAGCCUCUUGGAUGAGAGGUGAAACGUCUUCAAGAAACCUACUCUGUCCAGUUGCCCUCGAUGUAACUAUUUUUGGCUACAGUUAAUACUUUCCCUAAUAAAUUGGCAUGAAUAUUUAAAAAUUGAAUGACUUACUGAUGCUUUUUUUAACUUUCUUUAGCUGCAGAAACUUCCUGAUCUUAGACUCUCAUUGAGCCGUGUUUAAACCCUGUACGAGUUAAAAGCCUGAGAGUUUGUUCAUCUGAGAUCAUCAAACUGUAAAAGGGAUAAAAUGCAGUGGAGAUCAUUUGAGUUUUCUGCUGCUCCGUUCUUUACGCUGCUGUUUUAGCUGCUGUGUCAUGUUGGUAAAAAGCUCUGUGUAUUUUCAUAAAUGUAUUUGACAUAAUACUCCUCAGCCCUUUGGUAUGUGUGUAUUUGACAUUCUGAACUGGGGACAGGAAUAAAAGUUUUCAUACGGUGAAAAGUGAUGGAUUUAUGGGAAAAACUGUCCUAAUUACUAGGUUUGGAAAUAUCUAUGACAGAUAUUAGCUAUGCCCAUAUCCCUUAGCUGUUAAGCUUUUUUUCCACACUAACAGGUAAGUUGUUUUGUUAUUGAACCUGGCACUAAAUUGAAUUUAACUCCUUGUUGCUAAAGUACUGUAUUUAAAAACUAAAGUUGUUAAAGGUUUCAGACUUUUAUUGUGUUCCAUUUGAAAAAAAUGUUUUACAAAAAAAGGUAACAUUCAUUUUUUACACCAAAUUUUCCAUUAAAAAAAUCACUUAAAAUAAAGGUUUUGAUACAUCAAAUUGCGUUAACUAACGUAAUGGCUUCUAUAAA